GCCGGAAGUGACGCAGGGCCGUUGUUGUGUUGCUGCCUGGCUGACAGGAGGCACCUGAGGCCGCCGCCGCCGCCGCCGCGGGCUCCGGUGUCGCCCCCAUGACUCAGAUGGACCAGUCGUCUCCAGCCUACAUGCUUGCCAACUUAACCCACUUGCAUUCUGAACAGCUUUUGCAGGGCUUGAAUCUUCUUCGCCAACAUCACGAGCUCUGUGACAUUAUCCUGAGAGUUGGCGAUGUCAAGAUCCAUGCCCACAAAGUGGUGCUUGCCAGCAUCAGCCCAUAUUUCAAAGCCAUGUUCACUGGAAAUCUUUCAGAGAAGGAGAACUCUGAGGUCGAGUUCCAGUGCAUCGAUGAGGCAGCACUGCAGGCCAUAGUUGAGUAUGCGUACACGGGAACUGUAUUCAUCUCGCAGGACACUGUUGAGUCGCUUCUUCCAGCUGCAAAUCUUCUCCAGAUCAAACUUGUACUGAAGGAAUGCUGCACAUUUCUUGAAAGCCAGCUUGAUCCUGGCAAUUGCAUUGGGAUUUCUCGUUUUGCAGAGACGUAUGGCUGCCAUGACCUCUAUUUGGCUGCUAACAAAUACAUUUGUCAAAACUUUGAAGAUGUUUGUCAGACUGAAGAGUUUUUUGAGCUGACACAUUCUGAAUUAGAUGAAAUUGUUUCCAAUGACUGUUUGAAUGUUGUCACAGAAGAGACGGUCUUUUAUGCACUAGAAUCUUGGAUCAAGUACGAUGUGCAGGAGCGGCAGAAAUACUUAGCGCAGCUUCUGCACUCUGUCCGAUUACCACUACUGAGUGUUAAGUUUCUUACUAGAUUGUAUGAAGCAAACCAUCUUAUUCGAGAUGACCAUACUUGUAAACAUCUACUAAAUGAAGCCCUGAAAUACCAUUUCAUGCCUGAACACAGACUUUCCCAUCAGACUGUGCUGAUGACAAGGCCUCGUUGUGCUCCUAAAGUUCUUUGUGCUGUAGGAGGAAAAGCUGGACUGUUUGCGUGCUUGGAGAGUGUUGAAAUGUAUUUUCCCCAGAAUGACUCCUGGAUUGGUCUAGCACCUCUAAGCAUUCCCCGCUAUGAAUUUGGAAUAUGUGUCUUAGACCAGAAAGUAUAUGUGGUAGGAGGGAUUGCAACCCAUGUGUGUCAAGGCAUCAAUUACCGAAAACAUGAAAAUUCAGUGGAAUGCUGGGAUCCUGAUACAAAUACCUGGACGUCUCUCGAAAGAAUGAAUGAGAGCCGCAGUACUCUUGGAGUAGUCGUUCUAGCAGGAGAACUGUAUGCCUUGGGUGGCUACGAUGGGCAGACGUAUUUACAGUCAGUAGAGAAAUACAUUCCAAAGGUUAAGGAAUGGCAGCCAGUUGCACCAAUGAACAAAACAAGAAGUUGUUUUGCUGCAGCUGUCUUGGAUGGAAUGAUAUAUGCCAUUGGUGGCUAUGGUCCUGCCCACAUGAACAGCAUGGAACGUUAUGAUCCGAGUAAAGACUCGUGGGACACGGUAGCUUCAAUGGCUGAUAAAAGAAUAAACUUUGGUGUUGGCGUCAUGCUGGGCUUCAUUUUUGUAGUAGGUGGACACAAUGGUGUGUCCCACGUGUCAAGCAUUGAAAGAUACGACCCUCAUCAAAACCAGUGGACAGUGUGUAGAUCCAUGAAGGAACCCAGAACAGGAGUUGGUGCAGCUGUCAUUGAUAACUACCUGUAUGUAGUCGGAGGUCACUCAGGGUCAUCCUAUCUGAACACCGUACAGAAAUAUGACCCUAUCUCAGAUUCGUGGCUGGACUCUGCUGGUAUGAUGUAUUGUCGAUGCAAUUUUGGUUUGACUGCACUUUGAAAACUUAAUGCUCUUGCAGACCUAAUGUGAAGAUGGAACUUAACCUGCCUGAAAAGAUGGCCAUCAAUGGGAGACCAUAAGCUGCAUUUUCUGGAGUCGGAGGGACGGGGUGAAACUUGAUUGGAAUGGCGCUGGAUGUGUUUUCUUCCAGAAGUUGGCGUUGGUUGUUGUUAUUUUCAUAAAGCAACAUGGAUGGAAGACUUGCUGCUGACUGGGGCAUGGACUGCAUCCUCGGGCUGGCCUGAAAUAGCUAGUCUUGAUAAAAGGAGGACUGUACAUGCCUCUAGGCUAGGUUAGAGAAUCUGUUGUGCAUCUAAUCCUUUCCCUGUGUUUAGAGCUUUUACCUCUUCCUCCGUCCUACUAUGAAACAUGCAGUUUACUGUGCUAGGAAUGAGAGCAAUUUGAGUGUGUUGUAUGAUUGGACUAUUUGAUACUUGUCUGGCUGUGUCUUCAUAUUGAGAAAUGCCAGUGCUUCACAAUUUUUUUAUGAACAGUAACUAAAGGGCUGCCUUGUUUCUGUAUCUCAAGGUUUGUAAAUAAUAAAUGCCAUAAAAUGUUGCCUGUACACUCACCUUUGUUACCUGCUUAAUGGGUUUGGGGCUGGGAAUAGUAAUUGGUGACUACUUAAUACAUUUACAAGGCAAAUUUAAUGCCUUUUAUUAUAUUUUUGAAUCUGUCAGAAAGAAAACAACUAACUUUUUAACCCCCUUCCUCCAUCUUUUUGCUGUGGACAGACGAAUGCUAGGCUAAAUUACUCACCUGGUCUGCUGUGUUUUUUGUAAUUAUGUAACGCAAAGAAAAUUUUAAAUAGUUAAUUCAUUAACAGUGUCUCUUGGUUUUCUCGAAUAGCACAACAGAGUUCACAGCAUGGGUGUAAAUAUUUAAGAGACUUACCCAUUCUGUCCUUUGUCCUGAUAUAUUUAUGUCCAUAUUCCUUAUCACUUUUAUUUUUUUAGGAAUAUAUGAUUGCUUAUUCAGAGUGUUCAGAUAUAAAAAUGGUGCUAACGUAGGAUUUUACAAUAAGGCUGUUACCAAUUUAGUGCUGUAUGCCUAAAGCAUGAUUACGUUUUGAUUGCCCCAAAGUUUUUGUUUCUUAUCUGCUUGAUUCAUUUGUGCCUAUGAGAAAUGUCAACAAUAACUCUCUUAAUGUACUCUACACUUGCUACUUUUUUCAGAAGAGCUAGUUUAAUGUUCCUAUUUUCAUAACAUUUCUUAAUAUGGAUUGAAUAUUAAGAGGGCACUUCUGCCUCACAAGUCUUGCCUUUAAAAUAAAUGGUGUUUGAAUGGAAAGCACUGGGCAUAGUGUUUAAUACUAUGCAUGUAUCCUGUGUAACGUAUAGAAGGUCUGUUCCUGUGAUGAGCCAGAACUAAAGAGGUCUGCUUCAGUGACAGCCCUAAAUUUAGUUACAUUUUUGUGCUGAUGGUUCAAGAGCGGUUUGUGCUGUUUAAAACGGGGGACUGAAUAAAUCUGAUUUUAGGUUGUUAUAGCAUGUUUUACUAAAGGUUUUUCUGAUUUAAGCAAGGAAUCAUGUUAUUGCGAAAUGCCAGUGUUGACACUUGUAUUUGCCAGUUCUGGUACUAAACAAGUUUUUUUGCUCCUGGGAUUAUCACUCACCCAUUUCAGCAUAAUAAUCCAGUGUCUGUUUUCCCCUCACUCUCUGAAAACCCAUAGGCUAUUACUUUUGAAAGUGCAAUAAUGCUUGAAAAAGUUGUUUUUCAAAAAGCCAUUUAUUUAUAAAUACAUAAUGUGAGGUUUCUGGGCAUACUUAAUUUAUUCUGAGUUCCUGUAAAAACUAAUUGCAGCCAGGCAAACUGCAGUUAUCCUUGUUCUUCCAUAAACUAACAUUCAGAUUUAAAUAACAAGAGAACUGUGUCUUUAACCAUAAGAACAUUAAUCCUACUUUACAAAUGUUUGCACACAUUUAUGAAAUCCUGCCAAUAUUCUUCAGACUCAGUAGAAUUCAGCAGGACUUGUAAGCAAAUAAAAUUGACAAAUUAAGAAUUUUCUACGCUGCUUAUUUAAGUGACCCAUUGAUUUAUUCUAGUUGCAUAGCAAUAAUAGCAUCAUUGAUUUCUAUGAAUCUGUUAUUAGACACAAGUAGCUGCAUUGCUGUAUGUUGCAUGUUUGUGUGGAGAAAAGUAGUUUUUAGGAACUGGCCACAACAGAAAUAUUUUUUAGUCUGUUGAAUAGAUUGCCUUUUCAUUCCUAUUCAGGUGAAUACCCAAGUUGAAUGUUUACACAUACUAUUUUGUUUGCUAGUUACAAUUUUGCAGAAAUGCCAUUGAUUUAUGAAUUAAGGAAUAUCCUACCCCAGCCUACACAAGGAGAUAAGGAUGUUCAAAACAGUCUGAAAUUAUUCUUUAUUUAAUAGAUGAGCUUAUGCAUUAAAGGUGUUAGACUUGUUUCUUUAUAAUUCAGUAUGGAAUAUUUUUUUGAGGAGUUUGAUCACAGCAGAGCUUCCUGAAUGAGGAGGCAAGAGUCUGCUUUGAAUCAUUAGCAAACAAAACUUGUACCAGUAAAAGUGGAACCAAGGUACAGAAAAGUGGGUUUGCCAUCAGUAAAUUUAAAACAAUUCAUACUCCACAGAGACAUGUGAAUGGUUAUUCAAUCUCUACAUUGCACCUUUCAUUUGUCAAUCUGAAAGUACAUUAAAGAUGCGAAAUACAUUAUUCCCUGUGUGGCCGCAUCCAGACGCACGCACACGCCACACACCGCACAUGCAGGCAUUCCCUGUGAUGCUACCUUGUGGCAUGGGGUUGUUUUUUGACCCCGGGAAAUCCUGCCGAAAAAAGCAGGGUGGUACAUGUGGCAGUAUUGCACACUGCCCAAAACCGGAGCUUGGCCAGCCAGAGCCACACUCCGGUUUCCUGCCACUGCUGCAGCUCCCCCAGGACCCCAGGUGAGAUGGCUGGAGCCCGCAGAGUUGCUAACACCAGCCCUCCCCUACCCCACCCUACCUGGGGUAAUGUGCCGUGCACUAAAGCAUGCGUGGCACAGGCAUUUCUUAGUGACAGGUAGCAGCAGCACAAAAGCUACUUGUGUGUCACCCGCUACCUGUCCCAAGGGAAACAAACGUCCAUGCCCAUCUGGACACGGCCUUGUAGGCAACAGCAAUAUUAAAUUAGGCUUUAUAGACUUAGCCCCAGUGUCAUAGAGUGUAACACAGCCUAGUGCUAAAUUUAGGGUACUAACAUAAGCAAUCUUUUAGUAUGCAAGCUUGCUGUUAAGAACGCAAAAAGGAAUGCUUAAUAAAAGACACUUGCUGUUUCUAGAUGAAGAACUGUUUAGAGAGAAAUGGAUCUAUGUAAGAUGCAGAACAAUCAGAAAGGUGUACGUGCACCUUUAGAGACGGUGUAAUCUAAUAAAUCAUGCCACAUGCAUUCUCUGUUUGGGGUGCUUGUUUCCCUGUUCACUGAAGUGCUCAGUUUUAGGAAAAUUGAACACAACAAUCAGUUUAGUACUUACAGUAGAAUAAACGUAUUGCAGCCUGUAAUGUCUGUCUUGCAGUCUAAAAGGUUAGACCUUCAAAUGAGAUGUCAUACAGUUUUAAAUUAUCAUCCAGUUCUAUUUCUUAAUCACUCAAUUUUUAAAGCACUUUAAAAUAGGUGUAAGUUUGUAUGUGCAUAAAGCUACUGGAUUUUCACUCAAAUUUUGUAGAAGAUAUUUAAUAAGAUAAUCAUAUGCAACUUUCCUGAGUCAUUUCUAUGAGAAAUGUUUUGCCUUUAGAAAAUCCAGCUUGAAUCUCUGAAGGGACAGACGUCCAGUAUACAUUUCUGAUGUUACAAAUAGCUAACUGUUUUAUUGGAGGUAGUUAAGUGUUGCUUUUGUGAAUUUGCCAUCUGUAAGUCCCGAUUCAUUAUAUGAAACAAUGCAAAAAUUUCCAAGUUUGCCUUAAAUUCCUUCUGCUUAAUUGAAACGCAAAGAACUGGAUGAUAAUUCCUAUAUUUUUGCCUUAUGCGCUGUGCUGAACUUUAACCCAAGGAGAAUUUUAAUUUUUAGUGGGAUUUUGACCCAUUGUUCAGAGUACUGUGCUGUACUCAGACAUGUGCAGAGUGCUUUGGUCUGAGAGCAUCAGAUAAAUGUAACUUGUGUAUGUACAGUGUUUUCCGUGUACACCUUUUUAGCAACAGUGUUUUGUUUUUGUUGUUUACAGCAGUGGCAUUUGAGUUACCGGAAAAAAAUCUUCUGAAGAACGUGCAUUCUUGUUCUUUACUAGUGUUCUCGAUACAUGUUGGCUAUUGUGAUAAUGCUCUGUAACUAUUAUUAUUGUAACGGUAUUUCAUUUAAUGUGAAAUGUUUUACUAAAUAAAUCUGGAGGAAAAAAAUUAUUUUUA